CCUCAGCCAGAGGAUUCUGACCUUCCCUACCCACCCCCCCAGCGGGAGCCCAACAUUUACAUGGUGCCCCAGGGCAUCAGACCCGUCCUGCAGCGCACGGCCAUCGAGAUCCUGGCCUGGGGGCUGAGGAACCUCAAGAGCUUCCAGCUGGCCAGCGUGACCUCUCCCAGCCUGCUGGUGGAGUGUGGGGGGCAGCUCGUGCAGUCCUGCGUCAUCAAGAACGUCAAGAAGAACCCCAACUUCGACGUCUCCGUGCUCUACAUGGAAGUGCGCCUGCCCAAGGAGAGCCUCUACAGCCCCCCCAUCGUCAUCAAGGUCCUGGACAACCGUCCCUUCGGGCGCCGGCCCGUGGUGGGACAGUGCUCCGUGCGCUCCCUGGAGCCCUUCCGAUGGGAUCCCUCCGGCCAGGACAGCGCCCGGCCCCCCGGGCACGGAGACGACGUGAGCCUCACGCCCGGGGACGACGUCCUCAUUGACAUCGACGACAAGGAGCCCCUGCUCCCUGCCCAGGAGGAAGAGUUCAUCGACUGGUGGAGCAAGUUUUAUGCUUCCGUAGGAGAGAGGGAAAAAUGCGGCUCCUACCUGGAGAAGGGCUUUGACACCCUGAAGGUCUACGACGCGGAGCUGGAGGAGGUGGAGGAGUUCGAGCACCUCUGUGACUUCUGCCACACCUUCCCCCUGCUCCGGGGCCGGAGCCGCGACUGCAGCGACGACCCCUCGGUCGUGGGGGAGUUCAAGGGUUCCUUCAGGAUCUACCCCCUUCCUGAGGAUCCGCGCGUGCCGGCGCCGCCCCGGCAGUUCCGGCAGCUCCCGGCGCGGGGUCUCCAGGAGUGUCUGCUCCGGGUCUACAUCAUCAGGGCCUUCGACCUGCAGCCCAAGGACUCCAACGGGAAGUGCGAUCCCUACGUGAAGAUUUCCGUGGGAAAGAAAUCCAUCAACGACCAGGAGAAUUACCUGCCCUGCACCCUGGAGCCUGUCUUUGGGAAGAUGUUCGAGCUGAGCUGCACCCUGCCCCUGGAGAAGGACCUGCGGGUGGCCCUGUACGACUACGACCUGCUGUCCAAGGACGAGAAGAUCGGGGAGACCGUCAUCGACCUGGAGAACCGGUUCCUGUCGCGCUACGGGGCGCGCUGCGGGCUGCCCCAGACAUACUGCGUCUCCGGGCCCAACCAGUGGCGGGACCAGCUCCGCCCUUCCCAGCUGCUCCACCUCUUCUCCCUGCAGCACAACUACAAGGCUCCCACCUACAAAUCCGACCGGAUCAUCUUCAGGGAUCAGGAGUACGUCCUGUCUGAGCAGGAGGACGGGAAGGCCCCGAACCCGCACCUGGGGCCGGUGGAGGAGCGGCUGGCACUGCUGGCACUGCGGCACCAGGGGCUGGUGCCCGAGCACGUGGAGACGCGGCGGCUGAGCAGCCCCCUGCAGCCUGGCAUCCCUCAGGGAAAGCUGCAGAUGUGGGUGGAUCUGUUCCCCAAAUCCCUGGGGCAUCCCGGGCCCCCUUUCAACAUCAGCCCCCGCAAAGCCAAGAGGUUCUACCUGCGCUGCAUCAUCUGGAACACCAGGGACGUGAUCCUGGACGACCUGAGCAUCACCGGGGAGAAGAUGAGCGACAUCUACGUCAAAGGGUGGCUGGUGGGGCACGAGGAGAACAAGCAGAAGACAGACGUGCACUACAGGUCCAUGGGGGGAGAGGGCAACUUCAACUGGAGGUUCGUCUUCCCCUUUGACUACCUGCCGGCCGAGCAGAUGUGCCACGUGGCGAAGAAGGAGCAUUUCUGGAGCUUGGACAAGACAGAAAACAAGAUCCCACCUCAGCUGAUCCUCCAGAUCUGGGACAACGACAAGUUCUCCUUCGACGACUAUUUGGGCUCCAUCCAGAUGGAUCUCAACAGGAUGCCCAAACCUGCCAAGACGGCCGAGAAGUGCUCCCUGGAGCUGGUGGACGACACCCUGUCCUCCAGCCACUUCGUGUCCCUCUUCGAGCAGAAAACUGUCAAGGGCUGGUGGCCCUGUGGGGCUGAGCAGGACCACAAGAAGAUCCUGGCGGGCAAACUGGAGAUGACCCUGGAGAUCGUGGCGGAGCAGGAGCACGAGGAGCGCCCGGCUGGGAUGGGGAGGGACGAGCCCAACAUGAAUCCCAGGCUGGAGGAGCCCAAGCGCCCGGAAACCUCCUUCCUGUGGUUCACCUCCCCCUACAAGACCCUCAAGUACAUCCUGUGGAGGAGGUACAAGUGGAUGCUGAUCCUGCUCAUCCUCCUCUUCAUCCUGCUGCUCUUCCUGGGGAUCUUCGUCUACGCCUUCCCGAACUACGCUGCCAUGAAACUGGUGAAACCCUUCAACUGAGCGGGGCCGGCGCCGGAGCUCCAGGGAUUCGGGAUUUGGGAUUCGGGAUUUGGGAUUCGGGAUUUGGGAUUCGGGAUUCGGGAUUCAGGAUCCCGGCAGCGGGGGGAGAAGGACCCACCUGUGCCAGGCCCUGGACGGCUCCCGGGAUGGACACACCAAUUCCUGGCUGGAGAAUCCGCCUGGGAAUGUCACGUACCCAGCCCUGCACGAGGAGCUC